AUGCCUAACUUGUCAGCUUUGGAGAGCUUAAAGGACGUCGUCAUAUGUGGUGACUUAAAUGCUAAACAUCCCCUUUGGCUGUCAAAUCAGUCCGCAGAUACAAGAGGGAAUUUACUACUGUCGCAGUCUGGAAAUUUGACAAUCAUAAACGACCCAUCCAAAAAUACAGAAACACCUCAAAGGAUCUCUGACAACCCUACCUCACCAGAUAUCACUCUCUGUUCACCACACCUUGCAACAACAAUCAAUUGGUCGGUGAUCUACGACACUCGCAGUGACCACAACCCUAUUUUGCUAAAAAUCAAAAGAGAAAUUACAAGAAAAAAGAAGAAACCUGUUUACAUAUACAAUCUGGCAAAUUGGCAACUAUUCCGAUCGCUCACUGACCAACAAUUCGCAAAUAUAAAACUGGAAGACUUCACCUCUCUUGACGCGGCUGUUGCCUACGUCAACAAGAUCAUUCUAGAAGCAAGAGCCAAGACUGUUCCUCAAAGACAUGCCUCUUACACAUGUAACUAUGGAAGGAAGUCUCUUGUCAAGGAAAGAAAUCGUCUUAAAAAAGUAGGGAUCCGAACCUCCGAAGCAAGGAUCCGUUUGAAAGUGUUGAACGACGAAAUAAAAGCUAGUGAAUUCAAAACUCAAAGAGCGAAAUGGAGUAAAGUACUUACGUCUCUAAACCGUAAUCGGUCGACAUCCGAGAUCUGGAAAUCUAUUCGGAACAUUUGGAAGGCUAAUGAGGAAACACCUGGAGACGACGAAUUCAGCCAAAAAGACCUAAAUGCCUUAAUAAAAUACUACGCGAAAAUCUCCCACAAGGAUCGUAUGAAGACUGACCCAUCCAAUCCGCCGCUAAGGAAGCUGAAAAGUAAACAUUCAACUCAUUUCACUGAAAAAGAAGUAUUGGAAUCCCUACGCCAAACAAAAGUAACAUAUUCACAUGGUCCCGACGGCAUUCCUAUAAUUCUCCUGAAAAACAUAGGGAAUGAGGGAAUCAGUGUUCUCACAAAAAUCUACAAUUGGUCGAUUAACCACAACUCAAUCCCAACGAUUUGGAAAUUGGCGAACAUCCGCCCAAUUUUGAAGAGUGGAAAACCAAAACAAGACCAGGCCUCUCUUCAGGCCAAUUUCCCUAUUAUGUUCCAUGUCAAAAACUCUGGAAAAACUCAUCCUCACAAAAAUCAUUAA